UGACGAAGUCUUCUAUCUUAGGCGUAAUUACUACCAGGCACUACUAAGCAGAGCGUCGUUGGCAUAGUAACCGUUGCCUGCCUACUAGGGGUCAGGAAAAAAACUCGACUUUUAUUUUGAUUCAAAACCGAUCGGUGAUUUUCAGUAUGCACUAAGCCAGUCUUCGGUAAAGACUACGUUUUAGCGAUUGCUCGCACGUGCGCGCGUGAGAAAGUGUGAAACUUUGACGCAGCUUCGAAGGAUUGCUCGGCUAUUUCCGACGGCAGCCUUCCCCACUAAUUCUAAAGUGUUUGAAAUACAAAAAAGCAGUCAAUUUAUCGGUUCCUAAAUCCUUUCUUCAAACAAAACACAAUCAAAACACUACCCGAUAUUCAACUCUAUGCAGUUAGUUACCAAAAUAUAGAACACAAUGCAGGCUGAAAAAAUUAGUGAAAACAGUGGUAUUUUUGACCGCGUGGCACAAUUUUUCAUAGAGAAUCAAGAUGAACGAACGGUGGACUGGUUCCUGUCCGGAUCGAUGACCCCGCUGCUAGUGAUUGUCGUAACAUAUCUGUACUUCUGUCUCUACGCCGGUCCCCGGUACAUGGCCAAGCGGAAACCCUUCAAACUGGAAAACAUCCUGAUUGCAUACAACGCCCUGCAGGUGGUGCUUAGUGUCGUGCUGGUGCAUGAGGGUAUCAAAGGUGGUUGGGAUGGAACGUACAACUUCAAAUGCCAACCUGUGGAUUAUUCGAGACAUCCAACUGCAUUGCGAAUGGCCCGAGCCGUCUGGCUUUACUAUAUCUGCAAAGUGAUUGAGCUGCUCGACACGGUGUUCUUCGUGUUACGCAAGAAGCAGAACCAGGUUUCGUUCCUGCACGUCUACCACCACACCCUGAUGCCGAUCUGUGGCUUCAUCGGAGUCAAAUAUUUUGCUGGAGGCCAUGGCACACUGCUGGGAGUUAUCAACUCAUUCAUCCAUGUGUGCAUGUACGCCUACUAUAUGCUGGCUGCAAUGGGACCCAAGGUACAGAAGUACCUCUGGUGGAAACGCUACCUGACUGUGAUGCAGAUUAUUCAGUUCAUAAUCGUGUUCUAUCACACUGUGCAAGUGCAGUUCCAGCCAAGCUGCGGAUAUCCGAAGUCGAUUGCCGCAUUGCUUACUCUGAAUGCCGCGCUGUUCAUCUACAUGUUCAGCACCUUCUACGUUAGGAGUUAUCUGCGAAAAUCGGACAGGAAGCCAGCCGCCGCCACAGAAGUCAACAACAAUCGAGCCGAUUGUAAACCAAAGGAAGUACCAGAAUUGGACGACAGUCGACAGCAGCGAGUAGAACCGGCUGAUGGCGAUGCCAAGAAGGAUCUGUGAGAUUUUUAACGACCGUAAGAUUUAUGUUGAGUCGAAUGUGAAGUCGCUAGCGACGGAAACAUUCGUUCUGGAAUUGUGUAGUCGUUAGGAGGUUCUGUGGAACUUUUUCGGUCAAUUCCGGUUCUUUUUUAAGCUGUACAUUUUAGGAGAGCUCUGUUUACUAGGCUAUUGAAUAUUAUACAUACUUGAAAGAAAA